AUGGCCGACAUAUUCGACCUCGCCUCCCUGCAGUCCCGCCUUUCAGAGCGGCAGGACCCCCACGCCUCCCAUGGGCCGACUCUCCCGUCCCCGGCGGCCCUGCAGUCGGCCGUGUCGUCGCUGCCCAGCCCCGGCUCCCCUUCCUACCUCCGAGGCACACCUGCCCUCGACGCCGCCGCCCACAUCGCCAACGACAUCGUGCCCGCCCUGACCGGCCAAGCCCGCUCCAGCCGCUACUACGGCUUCGUCACCGGCGGCGUGCUCCCCAUUGCCGAGUGGGCCGACAACGUCGUCUCGCGCGCCGACCAAAACGUCCAGGUCCACCUGCCCGACCAGACGGUGGCCACGGCCGUCGAGCACGCCGCCUUGGGCAUGCUCACGCGGCUGCUGCGCCUCGACGCCGACGCCGACGUCUGGAAGGGGCGCACCUUUACGACGGGCGCCACCGCAAGCAACAUUCUAGGAAUGGCCUGCGGGCGCGAGGCCGUCGUCGGGAGGAGGCUCCCGCCGGCGGCGGCGGCGCAGCAGCAGCAGCGAGGGGGCGUCGGCGAGCUGGGCCUGCUGGCCGCCUGCCUCGCGUCCCGCGUCUCCGGCGUACAGGUGCUGACCAGCGCAGGGCACAGCUCGCUCGCAAAGGCGGCGAGCGUGGUCGGCCUGGGCCGCCAAUCGGUCAAGGAGCUGCCGCGGAGCGAGGCCCGGCCGUGGCGGCUGGACAUUGACGCCCUUGCCGAGGAGCUGCGGAGGCCGGGCGUGGCGAGCAUCAUAGCCAUCAGCGCGGGCGACGUCAACACGGGAGGGUAUGCGCUGGAGGGACGACGGGAGUGGGAGAGAGUGAGGGAGCUGGCGGAUCGCCACGGGGCUUGGAUCCACGUCGACGGCGCAAUGGGUGUGUUUGCGCGCGCGCUAGAGGACGAACCGCAGUUCAAGCUGCUUCGCCAGCGGACAGAGGGCAUCGAGCUGGCCGACAGCAUCACCCUCGACGGACACAAGCUCCUCAACGUGCCCUACGACUGCGGCAUCUUCCUCACCCGCUGCGCGUCGACCCUCUCCGCCGUCUUUGCCAACCCCAACGCCGCCUACCUCGCUCCCGCCGCCGCCGACGCCGACGCCGCUGCCGCCAUCAUCCCCUCCCCGCUCAACAUUGGCCUCGAGAACUCGCGCCGCUUCCGCGCCCUGCCCGCCUACGCCGUGCUCCUCAGCGAGGGGCGGCCCGGCAUCGCCAGCAUGCUCGCCCGCAUGGUCGCCCUGACGCGGCGCCUGGCCGUGUUCCUGCGCGACUCGCCGCACUACGAGCUCCUCCCGGACCCCGCGGCCCCCCUCGACGGCAUCUUCAUGAUCCUGCUGUUCAGAGCCAAGAGCAGGCGCCUCAACGACACGCUCGUGCAGCGCGUCAACCGCUCCAGGGACGUGUACAUCUCGGGAACGCGCUGGGCGGGCGCCCGGGCCGCGCGCAUCGCCGUCGCCACGUGGAAAGUCGACGUCGAGAGGGACUAUGCCGUCGUGACGGCGCUGCUGAACGCCGUGGCGGAGGAUCGGGAUUCCCCCACGGGUACUCCUGCGUGA